AUGACGGCAGCAAACGGGAGUGCGGAGGCGGUCGUGAAGUCGAACGAUGUCGCGAAAGCCGUGUGGGCGGAAAUCGUAAAGCUCCGAGACGAGAUACCGCCUCCCCCGGCCGGAGGGCUAUACCCUGACGACAAGGCGGCGAAGGCCUUCCAAGCCGCGGAUGCUGCCGUUGCCUCGCUCUGCGGCGUGCCCCGGGAGCAGAUGCUCGAAGGGUUCACCCAGCUCGUGGAAGGUUCCCGCUUGAACGACCUGCUGAACGCGCUUGUCGCCAGCGAGGGCCACCCCGCGCUUCAGCACUCUUGCCUGAUGGUGCUGUGCGGCGUCGCCUCCCUCCAGCAGGCGCACGUCGCCAUCACCGAGCGCCGAGACGUGCUGCAGGCGCUCCUGAAGGCCCUGGCGUCGCCGACAGCGCACCAGAUCAGCCCCGAGGGUUCCGUCGGGGAAGACGACCUGCAGAUCAACCCAAGCGUGGGGUCAGCGAUCUGUCUCAACAGCCUUCUGGUGUCCUGCGGAGGACUGGGAGAAGACACGAUCAACGUGUGGCAGGAGCUCGACGCCCUGUCCGCCAUCACGUCGGCCCUCGAGUCCCACUCGGUCUUCGAGGGAGGCGGGGACGAAGACGUGCUGCCCGCAAUGCUCUUCGGCCUGGCCACGCCCCUCCUGACCAACUUCCAGCAGCAGCAGCGAGCCAGGCAGGAGCUGCAGAAGCAGCAGCAGCAGCAGCAACAGGCCAGUGAAGCAUCAAAAGCAACACCGCCAGCAGGAGAGCAGGGAGGGGAAACGGCAACACCACCACCAGACACAGCCUCAAAGAAGGAAGACGCCACCGCCGGCGCCGGCGCGGUCGUCGACGCAGAGACCGACAAGGCCUCCAGAGCUGCGCGCCAGCGCCUGGCGGAGGCAUUCCUGCGCCUGCUCGCGGAGCGUCGGGAGUGGGUCGCGCGCAGCCUUGCCAUGGCGGCCAACGCCUCUCCGACCGACCUCUCGGGCGGCGGCGCCACGGCGGCCGCCCCCGUGACCAUCAACAACCUCCUGGUGAACUCCCUCGCUCACGCCGAUCUGCUGGGCGCGUUCACGAGGCUGACGCCCGUGCGGCUGAGGGCCCAGGCCGUGGCCGCGGCGCGGCAGUGCGAGACCGACGGGACAUUCGCCCCCGGGUUCGGCGCGCAGCUGGCGCGGCUCCUGGGGCUGGGCGGGCAGCAGGAGCUCAACCGGAGGAUGGCCGGCCACACCGUGCAGAAGAUCAAGAACAAGGAGGCGGCGAGGGCGGCCAAUAUCAAGUGCGCCAUGUGCGGGAAGCGGCAGGGGAACGCGAGCGGCGGCGCCAAGUUUAAGGUCUGCUCCCGCUGCCAGGUGGCGAUGUACUGCUCCGGCGAGUGCCAGAAGGCUCACUGGAAAACGCACAAGAUGGAGUGCAGGCGCGCGUCCUAACGCCACCCUGGGGGAUGUUGUCGAGAUCAAAGUCUGGGCGAGGAGAGGUGGGCCGGAUAGGGGCGGGAUGAACCGGCUGGAAGCUAGAGUAACAUGGGCAGCCAAGGUCUCACUCUCAGGACGCUUGUGAGGUGGUUGGGAUUGUGGUACUCGAGCAAUAGAGCCCGCAGCAAAGCCCUGUUUUGACUCAGGGGUAAGUGCCCUGCGAAAAGCCGUGGUGCAAGGAGCGACCACUCAUGAUGUUCAGUAUCCCCUUCCCGAGUAAGUGUUAAGCUCAUGUAAAACACCAGUGUGUGCUUAUCCCAACCCCUGGCGGAUGGUUUUGGUUGUUACUGGUGUCAGUCACACUUUCGUGUCUGAGAGGAUCACCCACGUUACCGGCACCACAGGGUGGUAAGUGGCGUGUGCUAUGCGCCUUCAUGUGUGUGUGUCUCCUUGCGACGGGUGUAUUCACGGGUAGCGGAAUUUAGUCCUGUGAUGGGUAGAGGGGGGUGGGACUGUGCAUGGUUGUCUCCUUUUUUGUGAUGGUGCGUAGAGCAAAGUUCCUCCCUCUGUUUCUUAGAGUUCUGAUACAUGUCUCGCUGGCCGUCUGUACGACGGCACACGGCGUCUGCUGUUCCUGUGGUCUGUCUAGAGUUGGGGGGAGUGUCCUAGUUGUUAGCCUUCGAAAUAGAAAAGAGUGUGCCCAAGACCACAAAGGGGCUACACCCCUGUGUAGUCUUUUUUCACAAAUCACAAAAAUCACAACCUGUGUGCAACGGCAGUAACUGCUAUACAGGGAUCACAACCUUAACCUUGCCCCUUUGGGCGCACUAGAUUUUAGAGAUUCUGAAAAGAGGUUGGCGUGCGAGGCAUGUACGCCCUCGGAGAUGUUGGAGAUGUCCUGGAGGAGAACGCAGCUCUGCGUGGUGUGAAAACAGCGAAUCGUCCCCGGCAGGCGUUGGGAGGUUUUACCCUUUCAUGAAGGGGAUCUCUACUUUGGUGUUUUGAGCUAAGGUUGUGCAUGACGUAAGUGUUUUCUUGUUGUUUUUGAAGAUUCUUGUUUUCCCGCGGCCGGAAUCACUGGUCAUGACCUGUCCCCGAACACCUGGCCCUCGAGGUUCGUCAACACGGUUCUCGAAGCACUAUU